AUGAAAUUCUUCGCCCUCUUUACCUACUGCACCGCGGCGAUCGCCAGCGUUGUGCCUCUGGCCACGGACCUGACCAAUGUCGAUGUACAAGUUCGCAACGCUGGCGAAGUAUUCGAAACGGCUGAUUCGGUGUCUUUGGCGAAGCUCCUCUCGCGCGACUCGGCGAGUGCCUACGAAGAGGCUAGGCGGGCCGCUGGACGUAGCCUCUCCGCCGACACCUACUACUACUUCAUGAACUGCAACGAGAUGGUCGAAGGCGACUACAACCGUGCUACAACAAACAAGGGGCGCUGGAUGAUGGACACCUAUUCUUGCUCUCAUGUUGGUCUCGUCGUGGGUAAGACUUCGUGGCUGGGGCGCAAAUUCAAGGCGCAUUAUAUACACAUCAGGACGUUCUCUGAUGGCCUUGGCCAAACCCACCACGAUUACAACCCUUAUGAGCACCAGAGACUCAUUUGGGGUGGUAAAACCACGGAAUCCAAGGCCAAUCUUGACAGGUUGGUCGAUGCUGGUAGAAGCUGGCUCAAUGGAGCGAUGGUGAUCACCGAGGAACACAACUGUAUGGCGCAUUACGACGUAUUCAACCACCAAUCCCCGUUUUCUUGUCUUUCCGUGAUACAAUUUGUACCUCCGUCACGACUAUUGAUUAUUGGAGUUAUCCGCCCGGCCUACAGCGUGCUCAAUUUCCCUCAACGUGGCCCGCACGCCGUCCGUUCCUCUAAGCAUGGCCUGGGAAAAGUUGAACCUCUCAUCUUCCCCACCGGCAGGAACCCCAGCUUGCCCCGCGAAGAGCCGUUAUAUAGCUGGAAUUUGCCAUACUUACUGCUGGGCUGGCGUAUCACAUUCGCGGCCCCGCUGUUCAUAGAGCCGAUUCGAGCAGGCGCCCAACCCAAUGCCCUGCGCUUCAACCCUCAGUUGCACGAUUACGGUCUCGCCCAAUUCAAAGACUCACUUCACCGGCUCAGACUUCAUCAACCUUCGAGUGCGAUGCUCGAAAGCCCUCGGCCUCUGUCCCGCUUGCUUUCCUUACGGUAUCCUCUCUUCACUCACCGUACGGUCACUCUCGGCCCCAAUUCUACAUACGACCAAGACAGCGAACUGAUGAAGCCUGCAGCAUUUUGUGUACUGGAAACAGCGGCAUCUUGGCAGUACCGAGUCUGGCCUGGUCCAACUCCCGCCAAGAUGUUUCCUUUCGAUGUGACCGCCAUGCCCACGCUACCGACGCGCAAGGGUCUGUUGGUGAUUGACUUCAACAACGAUUUCAUGUCUGCCGACGGCGCCCUACCAGUCACAAACGGCAACGAACUAAUUACACGUACCCUAGAGCUGGUAAAGGCCUUCCGCAAAGUCGGCGAUAUUAUCUGGGUGCGCAGCGAAUUCGACAAGUAUCGCCUUGCCGCGGGGGAACAGAUCUGGGCUACCGACACAAUCCCCAAGCCCAAGAUACUCGAGUCCCGUGCUAGAAGAAGGAUUGGAGGCGCAUCUAAGCAAGCGCCCGAAGAAACUUUCGAUGCCGACCCGGAGGCUUUCCUCAGCCAACCUGGACCCAAAGUCGUUCGUUCUGGCACCCCUGGUGCCGAUUACCCCGCCGCCGUCAAGGAAGCAAUCGGCAAGAGGGAUAUCAACUUGUCCAAGUCACAUUACUCGGUCUUUUCCUCCGGCCAGUUGAUCCAGAUGAUGCGCGUCAAGUUCGUCCACGAGCUUUAUAUUUGCGGAUCGCUCACCAAUAUCGGCGUCCACGCCUCAGCUAUGGAUGCCGCCACGUUCGGCUAUUCCAUCACCUUAGUCGAAGACUGUUGUGGUUUCCGCUCCGAUGUACGUCACAACGCUUCAUUAACCAAGCUUGUCGAGGUGACGGGCUGCGAGGUGAUGGAGAGUGAGGCUGUCAUUAAGAAACUGCAGCCCAAAUCCGAGUCAAAGCCGGCGGCCCCGUCAUCACCCGUAGUGCCCAAGAGGAUCGCGGAAGCCAGUGGUGUUAAAACGCCGCCCUCGGCUGAUUCGUACAAGACGAAACUCGAAGAGCAGUUGGCCAAUCUUUCAAUCAAAACUUUAAAGUCCUCAGCAAGCAAGCCUCCCAUCUCACGCCCACGCCGAGACUUGUCAGGCCUGGGCUGUGCAACCGCUUCCGAUGUUUUGGAGGUGGAUGUGGACGCGGGUCCAGUCAGUGACUCAGACGACAAAGAGGUUCACAAACGAUCAAAGAGUCCGAUGGUAGGCAAGGGCAGUCUGGAAAUAGAAGUAGACACAGACUCGGUACCGGAGAAAACACCUAUAAAGAAGCAACAACUUCCUAAGAAAAUCGCCGGCGAGAAAGCAUCUUCCACGUCCGACAUUGAACUCGAGCCAGACUCAGGCCCGGAUUUAGAGCCAGAACCAGCCAAAAAGCCUGUUGUCAUGAACGAUAAAAUUGAGGUCGAUGACUCACCGCACGCUACCGAACCUCUAUGCGAGGGUGACACCACCGUCAUUCACAAUAUACUCCCUUCGACCAUGGCCGAGUGCAUCUUCGAGAAGGUGAGAGACGAGGUCUCAUGGCAGAGAAUGUCCCACCAGGGCGGUGAGGUCCCUCGGUUGGUCGCCGUGCAAGGCGAAGUAGCCGACGAUGGAAGCAUGCCAGUAUAUCGGCAUCCCUCAGACGAAUCACCUCCCCUCUUCCCCUUCACCCCUACAGUACAGAAGAUCAAGGCAGAGGUCGAGAAGGAGCUCGGGCAUCCGCUGAACCACGUGUUGAUCCAGUUCUACCGCAGCGGCACCGACUACAUUUCCGAGCACAGCGACAAGACCCUGGAUAUCGUCAAGGGAUCGUACAUUGCCAACGUCAGCUUGGGUGCGGAGCGCACGAUGGUGUUCAGGACCAAGAGGCGGGACAAGGACCCGUCCGGCACCGCAACGCCGUCGGGCGAGGUCUCUCUGCAGCGGCAGGUUUGCCGUGCCAAGCUGCCGCAUAACUCUCUCUGCCGCCUAGGCCUGGCGACGAACGGUCGAUGGCUGCACGCCAUCCGCCAGGACAAGAGGAUGGAUCGAGACAAGACGCCUCCCGAGUUGGCUUUUGACGGCGGACGCAUCUCGCUCACCUUUAGACAAAUUGGCACCUUUUUGGACCGGGAUAGCGCCCUGAUUUGGGGUCAGGGGGCCACCAGCAAGAACAGAGAGACGGCUCAAACGGUCAUCAACGGUCAGUGUCCACAGGCCGUCGACAUGGUCCACGCCUUUGGCACCGAAAACCACUCAUCUGACUUCGACUGGGACAAGUUUUAUGGCAAGGGUUUCGAUGUUCUGCACAUGAGCACUUCGCCGCGCCUCUGCGCCUCGGCUGAUCCUAUCACCAACAUGCGUAUCGCCCUAAUGUUAGCCGAGUACGGCAUCUCGUACGGCAAGGGAAGCAUUUCGCCGUCCUUCAACUGGAAGGACAGCAAUACCGGCGGCAAGGAUCUAACCGCUAUUUCUGCAUCGCUGCCGAUUCGAUUCGUCGACAAUGACGUAGCAAAAUCCACGGUUCAGGGCGAGUUGGCCAUUAUGCUCUAUCUGGAUUCCGUAUACGGCUCCGAAAAGAAGGAAGCGGCAGAUAAGUCGCAAAUAGAUGUUGCGAAAACAUUCACACGUUUCCAGGAUGGCCUUGCGCUCCUCGACAAGUGGCGAGGGCUCGAGAAGGACAGCAAGUCAGGAAAGCGUGACCUCGCACCCUUGAAGAGAGAACUCGCCACCUGGGAGGGAUAUGCAGGUGAGGCCGACUUCAUUGCGGGCUCUAGUAUGUCGUUGGCCGACUUUGCAGUAUGGCCGGUGUUACACGAAAUCUCCAAGGACGCCAACACCGAAAGUCUGGAAGCGACCAAAAAGCUGAAGGCGUACUACGAGAGAAUCAAGUCCACCGAGUCUGCCGCCAAGGUCCUUGAUGCAACCCAACCUGAUACCACUGGGGCUGUAUCGGCGGACCCAAAGACUGAAAGUGUGAUCGAGGCAUCAAAGCCGAGUGAGAGUUCCUCAGGCGAGAAGUUGCAGAAAGACUGA